CCUCCUCCUCCUCAUCGUCUCCCCGCCGUCCUCGUCGUCCUCGCCGUCCCCGUACUCGCCCAGUAAUACCAAGCUCUCGCGCCUCUACUAGCGUCCUUGCUCUCGCCCGCUUUCCCCGUCUCGGCCGUCGCCCCCGGCGCUUCUCUCGCUCGCUCCUUCUCUCGAGGAACAAACUGUAUCCGUAACAUCCACUCGCCUUGCAAUGGCAACGCACGGCCCAAUCAAUGGCGUGAAGAUAUCUCGUAUGUCUCCUGCUUGUUGCGCCCCCAUCUGCCCGAGGAAUGUGUGUCCACGCGCGCAACGGCCAGACGCCGACCCCGCGUCCCGUUCUCUGUGGUUCCGCUUGCUCGUCAGCUCCAUGGGCUCCCUUCCGUUCGGCUUGCUGACCACACUAUGCACAGCCGUCGAUGAUCCCCGCAAGGUCGUCAAGGUUGUCGCCUCGGACGGCAAGACCGGCGACGUGAGGGAUCUCGUCUACACCAACUGCAAGGUCAUCGGCAACGGCUCGUUUGGAAUCGUGUUCCAGGCCAAGCUCCUCGACGAACCAGAAGGCUCCUCCGAGAUUGCUAUCAAGAAGGUCCUGCAGGACAAGAGGUUCAAGAACCGCGAAUUGCAGAUCAUGAGGCUCGUGAAGCACCCCAAUGUAGUUGACCUCAAGGCAUUCUUCUACUCGAAUGGCGAUAAGAAAGACGAAGUGUACCUCAAUCUUGUGCUCGAAUAUGUUCCAGAAACCGUGUAUCGCGCGAGUCGCCACUAUGCAAAGCUCAAGCAGCCCAUGCCCAUGCUUCAGAUCAAGCUGUAUAUGUACCAGCUGCUGCGCUCUUUGAUGUACAUUCAUUCGGUCGGCAUAUGCCACCGAGACAUCAAGCCCCAGAAUUUGCUCCUCAACCCUGCGACGGGCGUCCUCAAGCUCUGCGACUUCGGCUCUGCAAAGAUCCUCGUCGCGGGCGAACCAAACGUCAGCUACAUUUGUUCGCGGUAUUACAGAGCGCCCGAGCUCAUCUUUGGUGCGACGAAUUACACCACCAACAUCGACAUCUGGUCGACUGGGUGUGUUAUGGCCGAGUUGAUGUUGGGCCAGCCGCUCUUCCCAGGCGAGAGCGGCAUUGACCAGCUAGUCGAGAUCAUCAAGGUUCUCGGAACGCCCUCACGAGACCAGAUCAAGACGAUGAACCCGAAUUACAUGGAGCACAAGUUCCCACAAAUCAAGCCUCAUCCCUUCUCGAAGGUCUUCCGGCCCCGCACAGCCCCGGAAGCGAUUGACCUGGUGUCUAAGCUUCUCGAGUACACUCCCGAGGCGCGCUUGAGUGCUGUAGAGGCUAUGUGCCACCCGUUCUUCGACGAGCUGAGGGUGGAAGGCGCACGCAUGCCCAACGGGAAAGAGUUCCCGUUGCUAUUCAACUUUACUCGCGAAGAGCUAUCUGUCCGACCAGACUUGAUCCGGCGGCUUGUACCGCCGCAUUGCGAGAAGGAGCUGGCCUCACGCUCGGUUCAUCUGGACAAUUUCGUGCCGAUACCAUUGGAGCAAAUGCGGGUCUCCCUGGACUGAAUAGGCCGGUGCAGUGGGACUGUUGUUGUGAUUCUGUUAAUCCACGCUGCCGAGCCGGUCUGUCUGCUACCCAACUGCGCAUGCGUUGCCGCCGUAUAUAUCUUGUGUUGGAACGCAUCCCCGAUCAGUUGUAUAAGGUUUCCAUGAUGUUGUGUUGUGUUGUGUGGCAGAGUCGUCGUACCGUCAAAGUUACGUUAUGUUGUUAUGAAUCUGAAUCUGAGAUGCAUAGAUGCAUGCAUUCGCC